CUUCCUGCGUCAUAUGACGUGACUUGUAAUAUCGUUCGUUGAGCGUUGCCGUUGGAAGAAGUUUAAAUUUCAAUUUCUAAGAUGUUAUAUCAAAAGGAUUAUCUUAGAAGGUUUAAUGUACUCCAUAAGCAUCCUGCUACACAACUUACAGGUUUGUCAACUAAGAAUUUAUCAAAAUAAUUUUGUUUGAAAAUACAUUGACGCACGAGUAUCCAACUUUGAUUAAUAAUAAAAACAAUAUAGUUGGAAUAAGGGAACUUAAAAGACGUAUUUUUUGUCAGUAAUUCAAUUGUGUAAUAAAUAUCGAGAAUUUUUGGAAUGAGAAAACCUUUCUCUAGGACAGGAAAGCUGGGGAAGUCUGCCUCGAUUUAUUACAAUGAAAAACCAAAUGACGUUCAAGUAUUUAAAAUACUUAAUUGUAAUUACAGUGGCGAUGCGUGUAUGUAUUUCGGAAGGAAAUUGCCCAAGAAAUUUUUGGCAUAAAGAAAAGCACACUGCAUGUCUUGAAAAGUCGCCUGAGUUAAUAGAAUCCCUGUAUGUGAGUGAGAAGGAUAAAAAUGCCAUAGUCGACAUGCAUAAUGCUUAUCGAAGUAGUGUUAAACCUCCGGCCUGUAAUAUGUUUAAAAUGUACUGGGAUAAUGAACUGGCCUACGUUGCGCAGAAAUGGGCCGAUAAUUGUGAAUAUAAACAUGAUGAAAAUUCUAAAAGAAGUAUACCUCUAAAGUAUAGCGUAGGUCAAAAUAUUGCCGCAGGAUUCCCGAACUGGGAAAACGUCGUAUUUGCCUGGCAUUCUGAAGGGAGAAAUUAUAAAUUUGGUAACAAAAAAUUGAAAAAUACCGGGCAUUACACGCAGAUAGUGUGGUCGACAUCACUUCUAAUUGGCUGCGGUGCGUCACGUUGUUCGUUCAUAGGAACGCUGUAUGUUUGUAAUUAUGCUCCUGCGGGAAAUACAUACGGUCAAGACCCCUACCGACGCUGUCAAAUCAAGCGACCUCUGAACGAUUGUGGUAACAGUCCUUGUUAUAAUUUCGGUACACUGAACAGACUUGACUGCUCCUGCCAUUGUUUAAAUUAUCAUCAAAUACAUGGACCCCGUUGUAUGAUAAACUGUUCCUUUUCUGACCCAAUUUUUCCGUGCCGUUUAAGAACUCAUGAAUCAUGUAAAUAUACAAAUGUACGCCCUACUUGUCCUUGGCUAUGCAAAGAAUGUAAUAAAGGAUUUUUGUCUCGAAGGACAAACUGGGUUCUCCUUUGUGCUGCGCAUAUUUUGAGGAUCAUCAUGUACUCUGAUUAUCAUUAAUCGUUAUCUCGAAUCAAUUUCGAACAUUUGGAUCAACUAUUCAGCUCCUACACUUUACUUUUCGCAUAUCAUUUAAGAUCAUCGAACACGAUCGCAUAUUUUUCUUGUAAAAGAAUUUUUAUUUAUAAUCGUUAACAUAAACAUUUUAACAGAAUUUAAAAAUUUGACAAUAUGUUGAAUUUUUAGUUUAGCUUUACCAAAUUCCCCGGUGAGUAAAACUCUAUAUUUCGUAGUUUGUCCAAUUUCACAUUUUACUCAAUUUUUCCACGCACUGUUUUAUCUCUAUGACUUCAAAUCCCACCGUUGUUAACAUUCCAUUUCAACGUUUUGGAGUCGUUAAAGCAAAAUACCUCUCGAGUGUUUGGUUCAAUUAUAUUUUUACAAUUCAUCAUAAACAUGAAUGGAACUAUAAUACAAUAUAGGACAAAUUGUUUUGAAGACAAUAUAACUUCCUUCUGACGAUGUAAUGAAUGCAUUUAAUUCCUCGAAUGCAAAUUCUAGCAAACCUACUUCGCUCAUUAUAUUUCAUGUAAAAUCUGUAACUUGUCUAUAUAUACUUAUAUACAUCGGUCAUGGUAUUUCAUAGGACAGAGUACAACGUACUGAAAUACAAAAUGCUUAGAAAGUAAUUAUGUACAUAUAUUAUGUUAAUAUGUCAAUAAAAAUGAAUACCAAAG